GACUGGCACCCGAAGACACACACCCGCGAAGUGCCCACAGAUGCCUUUGGAACCAUGACCUUUACUAAUCUGGGGAAAAACAGUGCCAAGUAUGUCCGAGUCUCCGUCGACACUCCCCCUGAGAAUCUGUUUGAGUUGCUGACAUCCUGCUGGCAGCUCGAUGUGCCCAACCUGCUGAUCUCAGUUACCGGAGGUGCCAAGAACAUUGUCAUGAAGCCACAGCUGAGGAAUAUGUUCCGUCGGGGCUUGAUCAAGGUGGCACAGUCCACAGGUGCCUGGAUUAUCACGGGUGGCUCACAUGCCGGUGUCAUGAAGCAUGUCGGGGAGGCAAUGCGAGACUCUGCCUUGAGCAGUACGUCCAAAGAUGGAAAGAUUGUAGCCAUUGGCAUCGGCACCUGGGGGAUUGUGUAUAACCAGGAAAGUCUGAUCAGAAGGCCAGGGAGCAGCUUGCCAGCAGAGUAUGCCAUUAAUGAGGGAAAGCAGGGCCAGCUGUCCUUUCUGGACUACAACCACUCACAUUUCAUCCUGGUCGACGAUGGCACCCAUGGCAUCUACGGGGUGGAGAUUGUGCUGAGGGCUAAACUGGAGAAGUUUAUAGCCAAACAGACCAUAGGGAAGAGUGAGAAUGGAGGUGUUGGCAUAAACAUCCCAGCAGUGUGCCUCGUGUUGGGGGGCGGCCCGGGCACCUUGGAUACCAUCUACAACGCCAUGCAGAACGGCACACCCUGUGUGAUCCUGGAGGGCUCGGGUCACGUCGCUGAUGUGAUAGCUGAAGUUGCCACCCUACCUCUUUCCCAGAUCACAGUGGAAGAGGUACAGAAACACCUUAAGACCUUUUUCGCCAAGGACUUUGACUGUUUCUCCGAUGACAAGAUUAUCGAAUGGACGAAGAAGAUCCAGGACAUCAUGAGAAUACCCCAACUGUUGACGGUCUUCCGAAUGGACAAGAAGGUCAACAAGGAACUGGACAUGGCCAUCCUGCAGGCUGUGCUCAAAGCUUCCAAGAAUGUGGACUAUUAUGGGCAUGACAACUGGGAGCACCAGCUGAAGCUCGCUGUGGCGUGGAACAGGAUGGACAUUGCCAAGUGCAAGAUCUUCAAGGAUGACCAGCUCCUGAAGUCGUCAGGCCUGCGUCCUGUGAUGAUGGUGGAGGCGCUGAUUGCAGACAAGUCCAAUUUUGUGAGGCUCUUCCUGGAGAACGGCAUGAACCUCCAAGAGGUCCUGACCAAGAGCGUCAUGCUGGAGCUCUUUAACAACUUGUCUUCCAGCAGUCUGAUCUACCGCAUGCUGAUAAAGGAGCUGAAGGAGGAGGAAGUGGAGGGGCCGGAGCUGGCACAUGGCCAGUGGAGGAUCCAAAUGCACCACGUCUCCAAUGUUCUUCAGGAGCUCCUUGGAGACUUCACCCAGCCCCUUUACCACCUGCAGCGGAGCAGCUCCAAGUUUGCAGUGUUCAUACAUGUGAGGCUCUCUGGCGAGUUAGCGCUAAUGUCUAACCUACACCCCUCUGUCUUCUUGUAGUUGAAAAGCAAUGGGCAGGAAGUGUUUGAAGAUCCCAUCCGAGACCUCUUUAUUUGGGCGAUACUGCAGUGCAGGACUGAGCUGGCCCAGAUUGUAUGGGAGCAGUGCCAGGAUUGCUUGGCUGCUGCCCUUGCGGCCUCAAAGAUCCUCAAAGAGCUGGCGAAGAAGGAGGAGGAUACAGAUGGAUCAGAAGAGAUGCAGAACCUGGCCGAGGAGUACGAGAAGCACGCCAUCGGAGUCUUCACCGAGUGCCAUCGCAGAGACAAGGAACGAGCCCAGAAGCUGCUGAUCCGCGUCUCCAAGUCCUGGGGGCACAUCACCUGUCUGCGACUGGCACUGGAGGCAGACAACAAGAACUUUGUGGCCCAGGGCGGCGUGCAGGCCCUGCUGACUAAGAUCUGGUGGGGACAGCUGGCCGAGGACACCCAUUUGUGUAAGGUGCUGCUCUGCAUGCUCUUCUUUCCCCUCAUCUACACUGGACUCAUCACUUUCAGGCAGGAUGAACAGAUUAACAAACAAAAUGCCCGGCUAGAAGUUACUAGCAGUGAGUUAAUGGCAGAAAAUCCCAGCGUCCUGAAAAAAAGGUGGGAUAAAGAGAUGCCCAAGCAAAAUUCCCAACGGGGAGUCACUGAUGGCGACUUGAAGGCAGAAAAUCCCACCGUCACAAAAAGAAGGUACUCCCAUAAGAAGAUGCACCUGAAGCCUCUGACAUGUUGGAGCCGCCUACAGUACUUCUACUCGGCUCCGGUGAUCGUCUUCUACUGGAACGUCGUCUCCUUCUUUGGCUUCCUGUGGCUGUACGCCUACGUGUUGAUGAUGAACUUUCAGAAGCAGCCGGUGUGGCAGGAGAUUCUCCUGUACGUGUGGGUCUGCACCCUCUUCUGUGAGGAGCUCAGGCAGCUCUUCCACGGUCGGGACAAGCUUGGGUUCCUGAGGAAGGCAGAGAUUUACUUCAGUAAAAUGUGGAACGUAUUUGACGUGCUGAGCUUCUGCUUCUUUGCAGCAGGAGUGGCCUGCAGGCUGGCCCCCGCCACUUUGUACUUUGGUCGGAUCAUUCUGAGCAUCGGCUUCAUCGUUUACUGCCUGCGCCUCGUGGACAUUUUUACUGUAAAUAAAAACCUGGGGCCAAAGAUCAUCAUAGUGAAGCGCAUGCUCAAAGACGUCUUCUUCUUCCUCUUCCUGCUGGGGGUCUGGGUUGUGGCCUAUGGAGUCGCCAGACAGGCCAUCUUGAUUGAAAACGAGACCAGGCUGGAAUGGAUAUUCCGUGGGGUCGUGCACCAGCCUUACCUCACCAUCUUUGGACAGAUGCCCUCAAGCAUGGACAGUGUGAACUACGACGGAAGCCAGUGCACCGUGAAUGGUACCAACCCCACCAAACCCAAGUGCCCCAUUUUGGACAGUAACGGGAAGCCGGCCUUCCCCACCUGGCUGACCAUCAUUCUUGUCUGCAUCUACCUGCUGUUUGCCAACAUUUUGCUCCUCAACCUGCUGAUUGCCAUGUUCAAUUUCACUUUCCAGAUGGUACAGGACAACGAUGACCAGAUCUGGAAGUUCCAGCGUUUUGGGUUGAUCAAGGAGUACCACUGUCACCCGACGUUCCCACCACCCUUCAUCAUCUUGGUGCACAUCUACUUGUUCUUCAAGCGGGUUACCAAGCAGAAGGAGGACAAGAGAUACAAGCAGUUCAAACAAAAGCUGCCCAACAGCGAGGAGAUGGCGCUCCUCUCCUGGGAGUCCUUCAUGAAGGAGAUCUACCUGAUGAGACUGCAGCAGGAGCUGAGCAACAGCAACGAGCAGAAGAUCCAGGACCUGACCGAUAGGGUUGGCAUUUUGGUCAAACUACUGGAAGGUGACAAUGGCAAGCAGGUCAUUGAGAAGCGGCUGGCACACUUGGAGGAGCAGGUGAGAUUUGGGAGCAUAAAUGGUGUGGCAGGUUGGCCUCUGUGUGGUGCUGACACUGGCGCUAUGCCACUCUGCUUCUCUUGCAGGUGUCAAUGUCUAUGGAGGCAUUAG